UGUCUGUUUCAAGACCUUGUGCAGCUGAAAGGUAAAGACCUGCUUACCCCAGUUUCCCGCAUUCUGAUUGGUCAACCAGGAUGCACUUACAGAUACUUAAACACACGUCUGUUCGCUGUGCCUUGGCCUGAUGCUAAAUACAAUAUCACAUACAGCACGGAAGAAAUUGCAGAUGCCUGCAAAGCUUUCUAUGAACUGAAUGCAUUUCUUUAUGAACAGACAAAACUUAAAUUACUCCAGUGUGUAACAAAUGCACAGUGUUCUAGUGGUUUACCCCAGCAGAUAUCCCUGGAAAAUGAUUACAAAACUAAUCAAGAUGAUUUGGAAUCUUAUAAUGUGACCUUGAUAAACUACAUGAACCCACAUAGCAUGUUCUACCUUAAGGAAGAACCAUAUUUUGGUAUGGGAAAACUGGCAGUGAGCUGGCAUCAUGAUGAAAAUCUACUAGAGGAAUCCAGUGUUGCAGUCUACAGUUAUCAAGAUUGUGCUGAUGAAAUAUUUGAAGAUAAGAAAUCUAUAUCUGAUUGGCAUGUAGGUUUGAAGAUAGCCUGGGAUAUUGAAACUCCAGGUCUUGCUUUACCUUUAAACCCUGGUGAUACUUACUUUAUGCUAGGUGACCUGAAUAAAACCCACCAGCACUGUGUGAUUGCUGGAUCACAGCCUCGUUUCAGCUCCACGCACAGAGUAGCUGAG